AUGACAUUUUUGAGGGCUGAUCUUCAGUCAACUCCCAAACUGAGCAGAACAAAUGAGUAUCAGUAUUCAGUUGGCGGAAGUGUAGAAGUGGAACCAUGUCUUUGUUCCUUAACUCUGUACAUUUGGUGUUCAUACUCUAUCAUCAUUCAUAGAGCUUACUCCUUCUCUGGGCCAAACUCUAUAAAUUCAGAUGCGGAUAGUUUAGGCAAUAAAAACAGCGGCUACAUAAAAGGGUCUGUUGUGGAGGAAUUCGCUUUUCCUGAAAGAUCAACUCCCUUCAACAGUUGUGAUGCUUCUACCAUUGUUGAGGUUGGGAAGGGUCAUUUUUUGGUUGCCUAUUUUGGUCGCUCAUCAGAGGGGGCACCAGAUGUAAAAAUACGGUUGCAGACUUAUAAGGUGGAGUGGAUUCAUGAAACGCUCAUAUGAUAAAGGAAUUACCUGGACAGAAAGAGAACAACUUCCUCCUGGUAUAUUAGGACCUAUCAAGAAUAAGCCUCUCUUGCUGGA